UUAUUGGACAGACAUCUGAAAUGCAAGUUAGUCAAAUGUGUUAUCAAUAAUGUAAUCUGUCCUUUCGAAGUAACUCGAUUGACAUGUCCUGUAAUGGGACGAUAGAAUAGAAUAGAAUAGAAUAGUAUAGAAUUUGUUGAUGCCUUUAAUAAAAGUCAAAUGCAUGAUCAAUAUUGUAAAUUAAAAAGAGCAGGUUAAUAUAUUUACUAUAGAAUAGAGAUGCAAUUUGUGUUAAUUUUCUGUUGAUGCUUUUAGUAAAAGUCAAAUGCCUAAUGGGCAUUGUAACCUAAAAAGAGUAGGUCAAUAUACUUACUUUAAAACUGAAUAGAAUCGAAUAGAAUAGAAUAGAGAUGCGGUUUGUGUUCAUUUCCUAUUGACAUCUUUAGUAAAAGGCAAGUGCCUAAUGGACAUCGUAACCUAAAAAGAGUAGGUCAAUAUAUUUACUCUAAAAGAGAAUAGAAUAGAAUAGAAUUUGUGUUGAUUUGCAGUUGAUGCUUUUAGUAAAAGUCAAAUGCAUGAUCAAGAUUGUAUCCUAAAAAGAGCAGGUUAAUAUAUUUACUAUAGAAUAGAAUAGAGAUGCAAUUUGUGUUAAUUUUCUAUUGAUGCCUUUAGUAAUAGUCAAAUGCCUAAUGGGCAUUGUAACCUAAAAAGAGUAGGUCAAUAUAUUUACUCUAAAACAGAAUCGAAUUGAAUAGAAUAGAAAUGCAAUUUGUGUUAAUUUUCUGUUGAUGCCUUUAGUAAAAGUCAAAUGCCUAAUGGGCAUUGUAACCUAAAAAGAGUAGGUCAGUAUGUCUACUCUAAAACAGAAUAGAAUUGAAUAGAAUAGAAUAGAGAUGCAGUCUGUAUUAAUUUCCUGUCAAUUACUUUAUUAAUGCAGUAUCACUACUGAAACCUAAUACACCCAGUGCCAAUAUAUUGACUUUGAAGAAGAAUAGAAUAGAAUAGAAUAUUUGUAUGAAUUUCAUGUUCAUGCCUUUAGUAGAAUUUUAAACGUUUAUAUGUUUAUUGACUGAUUUCUGGGCUGAUAUCUGAAACCCAGUGAGUUAAAUAAUGCCUUAUCGGUAGGACCUUGACAAGCUAGUUACUUUGAAACAGAAUAGAAAUGAAUAGAAUAGUAUUCUAGCAUUCUAGAAGGUGUGGCUUUUGAUCAAGCCUUGCUGUGUACUUGUUAAUGCGUUGCGUCUUUCUCACAUCAUGUCAGUCUUGAAACCACAAGCAGUCCGUUGUAACACCUAAGAGUUUUGUUGUUGUUGUUGUUGUCGUUGCACCAGAGCGCAGCUGUUAUGGCCACGAAUAGAAUCGCCCGUCCCUGUGAUAGUUGCAUCAAUAUGUUGCAAGAUUGCUGCCUCAGUUUUCUUUCUGUUUCUUUUUUUUUUUUUUAAAAUGUUUUACUCAAGUGUGUGAGUUCAGUCGGGAUCAGGAGUGCAUCAUUUGUUAGGAGACGAAAGCUCGCCGUCGGUGAUACGGGAAUGUGUAUCAGGGAGUUCAUGAUGGAUGAUGGAUCUCCAUCUCGUAUGCUUACUCCAGUAACUAAAGCGCACUGAUGUCAUGGGCUGUGCGUCGAUUUGGGGUUCCUUCUGUCUGUCUGUGCGGUUUGGGGGAUUGCAUUACUGUGGUGAGGGGAGCAUGAUUAUUCGUUGCAGCCCUCUGCUUUUAAGCCUCAUAAUUGAUAGCAGACUGCUUGGUUUGGGUAUGCAUGUGUGUCGCCUCAGCACUUGAGCCCACAUGUGUGUGUGUGUGUGUGUGUGUGUGUCCUCUCAGCUCUUCAGCCUGCUGACGACGGCAGUUUUCUGCACCCCUCUUCCCAUGUUUUUGCCCAAACCUCUGUCUCUUAUACCCAUAAUUCCACCAGACACACAAUUAAGAGGCUGACUCUCCCCAACUCAGGCCAGUGAGUGAGUGUUUAAAAAAAAAAAAACAUCAACUCCAGACUCUCCUGUAGGUUGCACAUGUGGACACUUUGCAUAAGGUAAAAUUCCAUCAAUAGGGGCGACUUCUGCUUUAUCUGACCAUGCAUUCAUGCGCGUGGUGGACGGUAACACAAUCUACAGUCGCUCACUUUCCUGUCAAGCGACUCCGCUGAGCCUGAAAUGCAAACAAGCCAUGCCACGAGAAGAGAAAACCCCCGUGUGCAUGUACGCAACUUCUGCAGACGUACCUGCUACUCUUUUCUGCAGAGCGUGUGUGUGUGUGUGUGUGUGUGUGUGUGUGUGUGAAUCACAGAGUGCCUCAAAGUAGUCGAAAAAGGAACUAGUAAGGGGCGGAUCUGUCUGUGAGAGAACCCUCAGAAUGAGGCGGCAGGUGUUUUUUUUUUUUUUUUAUGAGAGUAAGGAAGAGAUAAGAGCUCUGGUGUGACUGAACAGGAUGUCAAAAGCCACUGCUCUGCUCUGCUAGAGGAGCUGCUGAUACACAGCGGCGCUUAAACACUCCUUCCUGGAGACACCGAAGAUGGGAUCCGGCCAUAAAGAGCCCGAAUUCGAUUUCAGCUUUCUGUUUGAGUACGGCAGCCGAGGCAGAGAGAUGGAAAUGGAGAGAGAGGCUUUUAGCUACACGCCAAAUGUGAGUCUGUCUCUCCCACUUGGCAUGGCCAAUCCCUGCUUGGCAUCUCAGUACCACAGUCUUCAAUCAAGCCCCGUUAUUUCAGUCUCAUCAUGCCACCAAGCGAGCUACGGACUCCACGAGAGCGCCAUGGCUCCGAACUACUACUUCCCUGGGCUCCGUCCCAAUGGCGCACCCCCUUUGGAAAGGCCACGCAUUGAGAUCACUACUUAUGGCCAGAUGCCUGAGGAAGAGGUGGAGGAGAGUGGGACCAUGGGCCCUGUGGCUAAGCGAGUCAAUAUCGUGACCUUGACCUUGCCCAGUGCUGAUGGGUACCGUGACCCAAGCAGUCUGAGUCCAGCAAGUAGCUGCAACUCUGAGGCUUCAUAUGAGUCUGGUUUCUACAACUAUGAAAAUUCACCCCAGAACUCACCCUGGCAAUCGCCCUGUGUCUCGCCCAAAGGCACAUCCAUUUCUAUGCUGUCUUGCCCCCCUCAUGGGCAUGCCCCUGGUCCAUCCCCUCGUCACUCCCCUUCCACCUCCCCCAACGAUGACAUCGGAAGUCAUGGCAAGCGGAAGUAUAGCUUCAACGGCACCCCUUAUGGGCACGCAUCAGGCAUCUCGCCCAACCACUCGCCCGGGGCUUCACCUCAGGGUUCACCAAGGCUUGAAGAAAACUGGCUGGGAACCACUAACCAGUACACCAAUUCAGCCAUCGUGGCAGCCAUCAACGCCCUCAGUACAGACGGCUUACCCGAUCUCGGGGAUGGUGUUCCCAACAAGAGCCGGAAGACCAGCGUAGAGCACAAUUCCAGCAUGAGCCUGAAGGUGGAGCCGGCAAACGACGAUCCAGGCACGGAUCUCGGCCAGGAGGACUAUACCAACUCAAACCGUAUGCCAUUCAAGAAGGAGAGCUAUUGCUCAGGAUUCCUGGAUGUUCCUCCUCACCCAUACUCGUGGCCCAAGCCCAAACCUUACCUCAGCCCGUCUCUGCCGGCUCUUGAUUGGCAGCUGCCGUCCUGCUCAGGCCCUUACAAUCUGCAGAUCGAGGUGCAGCCCAAAUCUCACCACCGUGCCCACUAUGAGACGGAGGGCAGCCGAGGGGCAGUGAAGGCUCUGUCAGGAGGGCACCCUGUGGUGCAGCUUUACGGCUACAUGGAGAGCGAGCCACUAACACUCCAGCUCUUCAUUGGCACGGCAGAUGACCGACUUCUGCGACCGCACGCUUUCUACCAGGUUCACCGCAUCACCGGCAAGACUGUCUCCACUGCCAGCCACGAGGCCAUGCAAUCCAAUACCAAGGUGCUGGAGAUCCCUCUGCUGCCUGAGAACAACAUGAGAGCCAUAAUCGACUGUGCUGGAAUCCUGAAGCUCCGAAACUCAGACAUCGAGCUGAGGAAGGGCGAGACGGACAUCGGACGCAAAAACACUCGCGUCCGAAUGGUGUUCCGCGUCCACAUCAACCAGCCCAACGGCAGGACCGUGUCUUUACAAGCCGCGUCCAACCCCAUAGAGUGCUCCCAGCGCUCAGCACAGGAGCUGCCUAUGGUGGACAAGCAGAGCCUGGACAGCUACCCAGCGUCAGGAGGGAAAAGGAUGCUCCUAAGCGGACAUAACUUCCUACCCGAAUCCAAAGUCAUGUUUGUGGAGAAGGCCCAAGAUGGACAUCAUGUAUGGGAGACAGAAGCCAACGUGGACAAGGAUUCUCGCAAAUCUACUUCUUUGGUGGUGGAGAUCCCUCCUUACCGCAAUCAGAGGAUAUCCAGCGCCGUGCCUGUUAGCUUCUACGUCUGCAACGGCAAGAGGAAGAGGAGCCAGUAUCAGCGCUUUACCUACCUGCCGUGCAACGUUCCGAUGAUAAAGACAGAGCCGGCUGAUGACUAUGAGUCCCGGAUGUCCAUACAUGCAAAUCCCUACUUCGGCCAGCAGAGACUGCCUACCAUGAUGCCUUUGGAUGACCCUGAGCCCUGCAUGGUGGCCAGCUAUGCCCCCUGUGCGUCUCGCCCCACCCCCAUGCUAUGCUCUUCCCCCAGCUCUAGCCCUAAGCUCCAUGACCUUUCGCCUGUACCCUUUCCUAAGUGCCUGAGCAACAGCCCUACACACUCCACCAUGCCUGGAGGUAUGGCAUCCAUGCAGGACCCUCCCACCCACCAUGGGCUGGCCCUGCCCAGCUCCCCUGACCCCACCUCCCUCGCCAUGCAUCACCCUCAGGGUAGUCCACACCUUGGCAGCCCUUCAUACCACCCCCUCUACCCCAACAGUAGUCCCUCCUCCUCUCCUAACUCCCAUCCCUCAACGCCCGGGGCUGCAGCUGAAAGCCCUUAUCUGGCCACCUUUGGCUCCACCCAGCCCGGAGGAAGCUCACCCACCCUGUUAGCAGACGAUCACGCCUCCCCUGUUCUGCCUGUUACCAUCAAACAAGAACCGCAGGAGCUCGACCAAAUGUAUCUGGAUGAUGUCAACGAGAUUAUCAGGAACGACCUAUCCUGCACUUCCGCUCACGGUCACUCAUAGAUGUCCACGAACUUGCCUGACGAAAGAAGGGACCAAGAUGUCUUCCCUCUGAAGCCACCCGCAAUUGGACAAUCAGUCCUCGUGUUUAGAGGAACUUCUCCGAAAUCGACGUGACGUCAUGUUUCACAUGAAAGGCCUUAAAUUCCACGGUGUAUAAAAAGCACCAUGAAAAGCAGUGACUGUUUCAUUUGUUGGUUGUUCUAGUUCUUGUUCUUGCUCUUGCCUUAAAACGUUAGAACUGCUCUAUACGGUGGACCAAGAUCUCACAAAGACUUUCAUCUUCUUCUCCUUCUUGAUGUGUGAGCGUGCUGGCGUUCAGGACCAACGCUGUCCGGAUGGCGUUUCAUAGCGAUUAGUCCCGACUGGUUCAUCACAUGGGACAGAUUCUGCAGUGCCUUGCUGCAAGUACAAGUACCGGGGAUGCAAUUCCGUUCAUCUUCUUCACUUCACUUCCUUUUUUUUUUUUUUUUAUACCUUUACACUUUGGUCGCUCAUUUGUUUACAGUAAAUAUGAAAGGCUGGAAUGUGUACGUAGAUAUGUGUGUGGAAACGUGUGAAUAAAGUAGACCUGUGUUUAGACCAUGUUUUUUUUUUUUUAUACACCAUAUACAUAUAAAGAUGUUGCUAGUUGUCUUUGUAUAAACGUGUAUGUUUAAUGUGCUGUAUAUAUGCCUUAAUGAACCUUUGUCAUUCCCUGUGUAGUGCAUGGUCUCUUGGUGAAAUCAGAGCACCAAUUGGACUACCUCCUUGAUGCCCUCAUACCCCAGGACUAUAGCGAGAAUCAAAGUGGUUAACAAGCUUCGACCAAGAAUCGCAGGAUUCCAGUUCAGAGACAAGAAUAGCACUUAUUCCUGUAGAAGUGGUCACUAACCAAUUUCCUGGAGAUCAUGGCUCUGUCCCAAAUUUUAGGAGUCAUAACCAGUUAGGCUAAAAUGGCAGUUUUUAAAAUAGCUUUUAUCUAAAACUAGCAAACAUUAGAACAUAGUAGCUGUGUGUUCAUGUUAAACGUUAAAUCUCUUUCUCAUCUUUAACAGAACCGAUUUUGCAAUUUUAUACCACAGCGCUCUUGAAUAAUGCAUUCUGAUUGGUCAAAGGGUGCGGAUUCAUUUUCUGUACCAAAACAGUUUGGACAGUGGUUCCGCCUGCAAGGUUUUUUUUUUAUUUUAUUUUAUUUUAUCAACGCGCUCGUUCUAAUAGGGUUUAGUUUCUAUGGCAACACAAAUUUUGUACGGUGGAUGCUCCGCGUAAACAGAUUUUCAUAAACAGACGUAUGUAGUUGUUGAUAUAGUGACGUUUCUACCUGUGAGGACGUUAUUAUUUAGCAUUUUAGGAAGGAGUCUCUGGUGUGAGUGAUUCGUAACAGUCAGAGGUAAAGCUGUAAAAGUUUUUUUGUCAGGAUUGAGGGCUUUUUUGCAGGGUUUUUUUUUUAUAUUAUUUUUUUAUUUUUAAUUAUUAUUAAGAUCACCAGGAAGACAAAUAAAGCCUGGUGAAGGACGGACUGUUUAUAGCUGCUAAAUGCAAGCGAUAACAGUAACUGGAUGUUCCAUAACAUUAAACGUAACUGUAAAGCGAUUAAAAAUAAAUAAAUAAAUAACAUAUACAACAAACAAUUGCAGUUGUUAAAUUGCUGUGGAGUAAGUGGAAUAAACCACUUUGGAACGCGCUAUUGUUAUUGGAAAAUAAUGAACAUGCGACCUCAUGUUUUAUUCCUUACGUUGGACGAAUGGCGUUGUCAUACUGGUUGCUGGUUGCCUCGUGUACAGGUUUGGUCGAAGAAAUCAGGGUUGUCAUGUAGUUCCCAAAAAAAAUAAACACAACACAGUUGAUUAGGUGUAAAUAUGGUUGCUAUCAUAGGACAAUCAUAAAUAGUGCAAUAGUGCAAGUUACAAAUUUAAGGAUGAAAUGUAGGUAUAAAAUUUAUCCAGGAGGUUUUCUUAGUGGCUAAUGACCUUUAUCUAGAGAAUUGCUAAUCACUCAGAUUUCUAUUAGCUAGCUGAUAGAGUGUCUAAGCGCCACGUUAAUGUUAGAAAUAACGCUCGGUAUUAGACACACCACUAGCUGCUUGAGUAAAGUGUGGAUUAGCUGGACAAGGCAUGUUCGAUUUGGCUUGCACAUUGGGACAGAUCUCCAGCGACAGGGUUCGUGACCACUCCAAGGACGCCGUCCCUGCAAAUGCAUCUCGCUCCGCUUCGCAAACGAACUCAUUUUGUUUUAAUUAAACCAUUUGUGCUCUGAGCUAUCAUUUCUCUAAUGGGACUUUUCCCCCCAGCACCAUCACACAAACAGAACUAGAAUAAUAUAGCAAAGCCUGUUAUCCUUUAAUAAGCGUACAGCAAUAUGUGUAAUUAAUUCAUUAAGAGGUCAAGGUUGGGUUUCCUGAUGACAAAGACCAGCAAUAAAUGAUACCACACCAAAGGAUUUAUUACGUAAUCGAUGUUUUCUAUAAUCAGAUGUGUGUCCCUAAAGAUGAAGGAGUGGACCUUAUUCGAGCGUCCUGCCUCAUUGACGGAUAUCCUGAUCCCAGUCCUGGCAAGCCCACCGCUUAACAACGGAACAAUAAGACGUGAUAAACCUCACACACGUCCAGAGCGUUCAGUGUCCAGGACUGGAACUGGGAACGAUUGUCUAGAAACUUCUCCUAUACCAAAACCGAGAGGUCCGCUCUCAUGGAAGGCUCACUUCUCUUCUAGUGAAAGAUGUCUUUCUAACGCAUGCACUUAAUAUCGAUUUCCAAUGUUUCGUUCAUUAUUGUGAUACGGAUACUUUGGGAUACUUUUCUUCCUGUUGUAUAUGAACGCAUGAUCGUGUGCCUUAUUCUGCUAAUCUGUUAAACGAGCUGAUUGUAUUCUUUACACCCCCCCCACCCCCACCCCCACCCCCCAAUUUAGGCACACGUUGGAUUCAAUCUUGUACCUUCUCUAAUAUGGAAUAUUUAUAGAAAUCUCAAGGGUAUUUUAUGUAUACAGUAUGCUUUCUGCUAAUUAAAGGAA